AUGGAUUUAUCUACCCUCCCAAAAGAAAAUUGGUGGGGUGAUCAUGAUUAUCUCUAUAAAGUAGGUGGCUUUUGGCUUUUGCCUCAAUUCAUCCAAUCCAUUUAUAGGGUUGUUAAGUAUUUCAAGCCAAUCCCAAGUGAUAUAAUAUUGGCUUCUUAUCCAAAAACAGGUACUACAUGGCUCAAAUCACUUGUUUUCUCUAUUGUCCACCGAUCUUCCAAUUCCAAACAUCGUCUAUCCCUAAAUAACCCCCAUGAUUUGGUCCCGACUUUAGAGGUUCAAGUUUUUACAACAUCAAAUAUUGCCCCUAGUAGUGAAAAUCAAUCAAGUCGAAUAUUCAGCACGCACAUCCCAUAUCAGCUUCUAUCGGAAACCCUAGAUUCGUCAGAAUGUCGCGUUGUCUACGUGACAAGGAACCCUAAGGACACCCUUGUCUCGACGUGGCAUUUUGUCAACAAGUGGAAGAAAGCACUGGACCAUCCUUGGCAACUCGACGUGGCGAUCGAUAAGUUUUGCCAAGGAUUGAGCCCAUGUGGGCCUUACUAUGAUCAUGUGAUGGGGUACAAGAAGUUGAGCUUGGAGAGGCCAACUAAUGUGUUUUUCAUUACCUAUGAGGAGCUUAGGGUUGAUCCAAUAACUCAUGUCAAGAGAUUGGGUGAGUUUUUAGGGUUUCCAUUCGAAGGAGAUGAACAAGUUCAAGAGGUUGUCGAUAGUUGUAGUUUCGAAGUGCUAAGUAACUACGAAGUGAACAGGUCGGAGGAAUCUCCGACUUGGUUCCAACUUCCAUAUAAUUCUUUUUUUAGAAAAGGGGACGUUGGAGAUCACAAAAACUAUCUCACUGAUGAGACUAUUGAGCGCAUCGAUGCACUUACUAGAGAAAAAUUUCAUUCCUUGGGUUUCAAUUAUGGGACCUAA